GCGGAGAAGCAGAAAGUUGUGUUGUGGUCAGCGGUCCACGCCUCCGCGCUCAUACAGUAUAGUUAGAGAAAGAGAAACAAGAGCUGAACUGUUGAAGACACAGAUUCAGAGGCUGAAAUUUUCAGAAUCAGGAACUGAUUUUCAGCAGAGAAUUGGAUAAAGCUUUGCUAAUGGAAAUGAAUACGCACUAUUUCAAUUCUUCUCCUGCACUUGCCUACCCAGCUUAAAUUUCCUUCUGUAAACAUAUUAGGACAUUGCACCAAGAGGAAUGUUAAGCUGCUGAAAUAGGUUACAUAUAAGAAGAUGGUGUUCAGAAGACGUUCCGGUAUUGAGCAAACAUCAUCUGGUACCACACAGAAAUGCAGCAAGGAGAGAACUCACCGCUGUUUGGAGUGUGGAAAGAGUUUUACACAACAGAGUACUCUGAAAAUACACCAGCGCAUUCACACAGGAGAGAAGCCGUAUCACUGCACAGAGUGUGGGAAGAGUUUUAAUCGUCAGAGUCAUCUCCAAGAACACCAGCGCGUUCACACAGGAGAGAAGCCGUAUCACUGCUCAGAGUGUGGGAAGAGUUUUAAUCAUCAAAGUAAUCUCAAAACACAUCAGCGCAUUCACACAGGAGUUAAGCCAUAUUAUUGUUCAGAGUGUGGAAAAAGCUUUAAUCAUCAGAGUCAUCUCAAAACACAUCAGCGCAUUCACACAGGAGAGAAGCCGUAUUCCUGCUCAGAGUGUGGGAAGAGUUUUAAUCGACAGAGUCAUCUCCAGCAACACCAGCGCAUUCACACAGGAAAGAAGCUGUAUUCCUGCUCAGAGUGUGGGAAAGGUUUUAAUCGUCAGAGUUCACUCCAACAACAUCAGCGUAUUCACACAGGAGAGAAGCCGUAUCACUGCACAGAGUGUGGGAAGAGUUUUAGCCUUCAGAGUUCACUUCAACAUCACCGGCACAUUCACACAGGAGUUAAACCAUAUUACUGUUCAGAGUGUGACAAAUGUUUUAAUCAUCAGAGUUCUCUCAAAACACACCAGCGCAUUCACACAGGAGAGAAGCUGUAUCACUGCUCAGAGUGUGGGAAAAAUUUUAAUCAACAGACUUCUCUUCAAGAACACCAGUGCAUUCACACAGGCGAGAGGCCGCAUCACUGUCUAGAGUGUGGGAAAAGUUUUACUCGUCAGAGUUCGCUCCGAGAACAUAAGCGUAUUCACACGGGAAAGAAGCUAUAUCACUGCUCAGAGUGUGGGAAGAGUUUUAAUCGUCAGAGUCAUCUCCAACAACACCAGCGCAUUCACACAGGAGAGAAGCCUUAUGACUGCUCAGAGUAUGGGAAGAGUUUUAAGCUACAGAGUCAUCUCCGACAACACCAGCGCAUUCAUAGAGGAGAGAAGCCAUAUCACUGCUCAGAGUGUGGGAAGAGUUUUAAUCGUCAGAGUAAUCUCCACCAACACCAGCGCAUUCACACAGGUAUUAAACCAUAUCACUGCUCAGACUGUGGGAAGAGUUUUAAUCAACAGAAAAAUCUCCAACAACACCAGCUCAUUCACACAGGAGAGAAACCGUAUUACUGCUCAGAGUGUGGAAAGAGUUUUAAUCAUCAGAGUACUCUAAAAAAACAUCAGCGCAUUCACACAGGAGUUAAACCAUAUUACUGCUCAGAUUGUGGAAAGACCUUUACUCAGCAGAGUCAUCUCCAACGACACCAGCGCAUUCACAGAGGAGAGAAGCCGUAUCAGUGCUCAGAUUGUGGGAAGAGUUUUAAUCAACAGGUUCAUCUCCGGGAGCACCAGCGCAUUCACACUGGAGAGAAGCCAUAUCACUGUUCGGAGUGUGGGAAGAGUUUCAGGCAUUCAAAGACUGUGAAGACACACAAGUGCACUAAGGGCAGUGGUGGAAAUUAGCAGUAAUGAGUGUAACCUUAACAUAUUCUGGGACUAAAAGUCUGCAGGGAAUUGUUUUUCCAGCUCAGAUUUAAAAAAAUCCUGAUAACUGUUUUUUAGAGAAGAAAUCUGCAUUUUGUUGUUUUACCCUGUUUCUAAUACAUGAUCAUACAAAGCAAUAUUUAUGAGGAAUAUUAAUAAUAUGGUGAAAACAGUUGAGAUGCUCCACAUUCAAUAUUUUGUUUACUUUCUAAUUUAGUAUAUUUAAGCUUGUAUAGUGUAUCUAUUGCAAUAAUGUAAGUUAUGUCAAAUAUUUGAUAGUGUGCUUAGCUUCUUGAGACCCUAAAGUGGCUUUUGCUCCUUUGAUUUUUAUGUUAAUUAGUUAAUGCUUGUUGUGGUGAAGGUGCCACUUUGUCUUCCUUUUUAAUCUUUAGGAGAUGUUAUCUGUAUGCUGUAUGUUCGGAUUGUUCUUUUUGAGGACUGUAAUUAAGGAGAUAUGACCCUGAAGACUGCGGCAGUGAAGUUUUUGCUGUCCUGUGCAAAACUGAACAGCUAUAUAUAGGAGACACAGGAGUAUAAAAAACUGCAAGAAAUCAAGCUAUCUGAGUAACAUGCUGGUGACCUCUCCUCGGUAUGGUCUACGUAUGCCUGUUUUUAGCUGCAUAAAGUUGAAUACAGGCCAGACGACAGCACAUUAACUUUCCAUUACUCUUUUCAGAGACUUUAGAGACUGUUGAUUUUCUUUUUGAUGCUUGGAGAGUGACUGUUCCCUGAGAUGGUCGCAGUGACAUGAGAUAAGGACUUGUUUAUACCCAUCUCCAGUCUAUCCCACCAGAUAUGUCAGCUGAUGGUACAGGAGUUGGUAUCUCCAUCAUAAGUGCUGGAAAAAUCAUGGAAUUUCAUGGACUUUUCGAGCUAAACCUAAGGAAAUGAAGAACGAUGUCCAUCUAAUCAUGAUGACGCAACGUGUCUGUAUAUGUGUUAAAACAAGAUGCUAAACACUUUUUACAAAUGAAACUGAUGUACAUGUUUGCACAUGAGAAUAUGGGGUGACAGAGGAGUAUCUAUCUAUCUAUCUAUCUAUAUCUAUAUAUCUAUCUUUGUCUCUCUUCUCCCUCUCUUAGUUUUACUUGAUUUACUUGAUUGAUUUUUUUGUCUUUAAACUUUUGUCUUUGUUAAGCCUUUGGUGUUAGGUUUUGGGUGUUUUUAUAAACAUGUUAACUUGUUGAGAUUAUUUUUCUCCAUUUUUUUUUCUCUAUUUUUAUUUGUUAAAUAAUAUUUCGUUUUUAUAUUGCUGUAAACGUGAAAAAAUCUAUAACAUUUUUUAUCUGUUUUUCUCUUAAUUCACUGUGUGGUCUAUUCUUUAGUUUUUAGAAUAUAUCACGUCACAAAUAAUAAAUGGGUGUUUUUCUUUAGCUUCUAAUA